CUUCAGCGGCUGGAGGAAAACAUCUCAAAGUUUAUGAAAAGCCAGCUGGCGAGAUUCCAGAGGGCUCUCAGUCCCGACUGCCCAGAAUUCAUGUACUUGGAGAGCCACUGUGAGGAUGAAGGCAUGAUCUACAGUGAUGGCGAAGAUCAGAGGAGGAGGUGCAGAAAGGCCUUUCUGAAGAUCACACUGCACUUUCUGAGGAGAAUGGGGAUGGAUGAUCUGGCUAACUCUCUAAAAAACAGAACGAGAGCUGCGGUGUGCCAGCGAAAAAUGAAGUCCACAUUAAAGAAUACGUUUCAGAGUGCAUUGAAGGGAAUUAGUACAACAGGAAACCAGACCCUACUGAAUCCGAUCUAUAUGGAGCUCUACAUCGCAAAGGGAGGGACUAACGAGGACAUUCAUGAAUAUGAUGUCAAACAGUUUGAAACAGCUUCUUAUAAACCACAAGACAUCUUUAAAACCUCAGCUGGAAGAGACGGACCAAUCAGAAGAGUGAUGACAAAGGGCGUGGCUGGCAUUGGGAAAACAGUGUUAACACAGAAGUUCACUCUGGACUGGGCUGAAGACAAAAGCAACCAGGACGUACAGCUCAUGUUUCCCUUCACCUUCAGAGAGCUGAAUGUGCUGAAAGAGAAGAAGUUCAGUUUGGUGGAACUCAUCCAUCACUUCUUCACUGAAACCAAAGAAGCAGGAAUCUGCAGGUUUGAAGACUUUAAGGUGGUCUUCAUCUUUGAUGGUCUGGACGAGUGUCGACUUCCUCUGGACUUCCACAACACUGAGAUCCUGACUGACGUCACAGCGUCCACCUCAGUGGACGUGCUACUGACAAACCUCAUCAGGGGGAAACUGCUUCCCUCUGCUCGCCUCUGGAUAACCACGCGACCUGCAGCAGCCAAUCAGAUCCCUCCCGACUGUGUGGACAUGGUGACAGAGGUCAGAGGGUUCACGGACCCACAGAAGGAGGACUACUUCAGGAAGAGGUUCAGGGAGGAGGAGCAGGCCAGGAGGAUCAUCUCCCACAUCCAGACAUCACGAAGCCUCCACAUCAUGUGCCACAUCCCAGUCUUCUGCUGGAUCACUGCAACAGUUCUGGAGAACAUGUUGAAAACCAGAGAUGGAGGAGAACUGCCCAAGACCCUGACUGAGAUGUACAUCCACUUCCUGGUGGUGCAGUCCAAAGCGAAGAAGGUCAAUCACCGUAGACGGUUAAGGCAAGAAAAGAGGAAGAUGAUUGAGUCUCUGGGGAAACUGGCUUUUGAGCAGCUGCAGAAAGGAAACCUGAUCUUCUAUGAAUCAGACUUGACAGAGUGUGGCAUCGAUAUCACAGCAGCUUCAGUUUACUCAAGAGUCUUCACUCAAAUCUUUAAAGAGGAGAGAGGCCUGUACCAGGACAAGGUCUUCUGCUUUGUCCAUCUGAGUGUUCAGGAGUUUCUAGCUGCUCUUCAUGUUCAUCUGACCUUCAUCACCUCUGGAAGAAAUCUGAUGUCACAACCACAAGCAGCAUCACGUUUACCCAGGGUCUUUCAAGAUCAACUUAAACUAAGUCAUCUGCACCACAGUGCUGUGGAAAAGGCCAUGAAAAGUCCAAAUGGACAUCUGGACCUGUUCCUCCGCUUCCUCCUGGGUCUUUCAUUGGAAACCAACCAGACUCUUCUACGAAGCCUGUUGAAACACACAGGAAGUAGCUUAACUAACAAGCAGCAAACAAUUGACUUCAUUAAUGAGAAGAUGAAGGAAAACUGGUCUUCAGAGAAAAGCAUCAACCUGUUCUACUGCCUGAAUGAACUUAAAGACCAUUCUCUAACAGAAGAGAUCCAAAGGUUCCUGAGAUCUGGAUAUCUUGCUUCGAGGACACUGUCUCCUGCUCAGUGGUCAGCUCUGCUCUUCAUCUUACUGUCAUCAGGGAAAGAUCUGGAAGAGUUUGACCUGAGAAAAUACUCCGCUUCAGAGGAGGCUCUUCUGAGGCUGCUGCCG